AUGAUAACCCCAGAUCCAACGAGUGGCCGCCAUCAAGGCCAGGCCGAAGCCAACGAGACGGCGGCAGGUGGCUCGAGAUUUGGGAACAUAGGAUUUGCCUCGCGCAUAUCGGCAGCCCAAGACGCCCCGCUCUUCCACAGUACCUUUGACGAGUUUCGAGAGGACGACGACGAGGACGAGCGGGAGCGGGAAGCCGCAGACUUGUUUGCCUUGCAAAGGUCCCGGCGGGUAGCUGCAGCUAGUAAACUUGCAGAGAGCACCGAGUCUGCCAAUAGUCGCGGAUCUAUUGAAGACAGCACGGGGGAUGUGGACCAUCCGUAUCAAGAUCGCAUCUUUAGCCGAGGCAUCAGAAGUAGUUGGAACGGCACGAGGAGCUCGCACAAGCCACCUUUCGCCGGCGAUACAUUGUUCGAAGAGAACGAGGAACUUUCGAAAUCGGGCGAAGAGCAGCAUCAGGAUGCUGGUAGUCAUCCACAGGCAAAGAGCAAGAUUAUGGUCGAUGUCGGGCUGGAUUCCCAGGUAGAAGGAGAUGAAGAUCCGCCCGAAUCCUUGCUGGGAGGUGAAGCACCAGCUGACUCUAGUUCGCCACCGUUUCAAAGGUUCAAGUCUCAAUCAGAGCGAGAACCCUUCAUCUUGAGGAGGACAUCUACAACAGAGUCCGAUGUCAGCAGUGUCCGGAGAAAUGACCCGCUGGAAUACGAGGUCGCCCAACCAGGGAAUUUAUUGACCGAGGGCGAGUUGUUCAAGCAUGAUCCUUUCUUUGCUUGGAUAUAUCUCAUUAGCUUCGCGGGAAUGCUGUCGACAUUUGUGCUGGUUUGGCUGCACACCUCACCGCAAAAGAGUCCAGUUGGUGACACGAUAUAUGCCACGCUUCAAAAGUCGUUUGACAUGCUGGCAGUGGACACGGUGGUUGCCAUAUUUGUAUCUUUCAUAUGGCUUGCCGCGCUGCGAUCGUUUGUUCGCCCGCUCGUCAGCGUAAUUCUGAUCGCAGUGCCGGUCAUCAUGCUGUCAUUUUCGCUGUACUCAUUUAUUUCAUCAUUCCAGGGAAGAACACACGGAUCCAGUUUCCAAGAUUCCGUCAUGCGGUGGGUAUCGCUGAUUCCCGCUGCAUCUUGCGUGUUGUGGCUCUGGAUGGUUGUCAAGGGCCGUCGGGCCAUCCAGCAGGCUAUUGAGAUUUUGCAGUUUUCGUCCAAGAUUCUGGCACAAAACUCAGGUCUGCUCCUCAUUGGGUUUGGCUGCCUUGCACUGAUUGUUCUGUGGACGUGGGCUUGGCUGGCCAUGUUCACGCGCGUCUUCAUGGGUGGCUACUUUUCAAAAUCAUUGGUGAGAUUCGUUAUUCAAAUGUCAAGUUGGUGGCUUGGGGCUGCCUUUAUCUUCAUGUACAUGUGGACUCUGUCCGUCAUCAAUGCUGUUCACCGUGCAACAACUGCAGCUACGGUUUCGCAGUGGUAUUUCCACCGCAACGCCGGUCCCGUUACGCCAUCCCGAGAAAUCGUUACGGCAGCCCUUGGCCAUGGGACUACGAUAAUCUUUGGCAGUAUUUGCCAGUCUACAUUACUCUCACUGUUGAUUCGAGCGCCGUUGCUGUUGCUUCCCAGGCGGAUCGGUGGAGCGAUUACCAACUUGGCGGGAUUCUGGAUUCCCACGCCGAUUGUUGCUCUUACAAAUCCUUUGACAAUUACAUACUGUGCCAUUCACUCGCAAAGUCUUGCUGUUUCGGCGAGAGGGCUAGACCAAAUGGAGAUUGUGUCGCCCGCAAUUCCCACGACGACACUAACACCCCGAGCACUGCGUCUUCGAGGCCAAGCCAAGGGACUACUGCCUUAUCGACUAGCAAAGCUGCUUCUCGUGGCUACACGACUGAUUAUGGCCACAGGUCUUGGGUUCGCAGGAUGGGUUAUUACUGCGAAGCAGCUCCGAAUUCAGCUACCCGACGGCAUGGGCGUCCGCGGGUCAGCCUACGCGUAUGUUGUUGGCAUCAUGGCCAGCUUCAUUGGAUACUCGGUUAUGGGUGCCAUGGAAGGUAUUUUGAGUGGCAUUGUGGAUGGGGUUCUCAUAUGCUACGGCAGCGAGAGACGUAUGGAGAGGGGACAUGGGCGAUAUUGUCUGGAAGCGGCGUAUCUAUUCGGGGAGCGGCGAAUUGGCGAGGACCUGGGAUAUGUUUAA